UCCUUCCUUAUAUUUCCCUUAUAACCCCUAAACAAGAUCUACAAAAGCAACUCUUCUUCGUAUUUGUGUAUCAAGAAUUCUCCAAAAUGUCUAAUCACCCGAAAGUACACCCGCUCCAUGACCCGGAAGCCCGAUCAGCGCGACCAUCGGCUCCUCUGGUAUCAGGUGCUUACCCUAGAUCAGAACAAGGAGACCCGGCCAAAUACCCGCUGGCUCCGCCGAGGAAGAGAGGAAGAAGCUGUUGCUGCAGGUGCGUGUGUUGCACACUCUGCCUUCUAUUUCUCCUUGUUGUUGCAGUAGGCGCGACGAUUGGUGCACUCUACCUUGUCUAUAAACCGAAGCUACCGGAUUACUCUAUUGACCGGUUGCAGCUCACCCUGUUUGCACUUAACCAAGACUCGAGUUUGUCCACGGCUUUUAACGUGACUAUAACCGCUAAGAAUUCGAACGAGAAGAUCGGGAUUUACUACGAAGAUGGGAGCGAGAUUACCGUGUGGUACAAGGAAGCCAAACUGAGCCAGGGAUCGCUGCCAAAAUUCUAUCAGGGACAUGAAAAUUCCACAGUGAUUUACGUGGAAAUGUCUGGCCAAGCUAAGAAUGCAACGGGUAUAAUGACAACAUUACAAGAGCAGCAACAAACAACCGGGAAUAUACCAUUGAGAAUAAACGUUAACCAACCGGUUAGAAUCAAAUUCGGGAUGUUGAAGCUGAUGGAGGUGAGAUUCCUGGUUAGAUGUGACGUAUUUGUGGAUAGCUUGGCUGCAAAUAAUGUUAUUAAGAUUCAAAGUAGCAGCUGCAAAUUUAGGCCCAGGCUAUAAUUCUGUUUCUUAGAUAUUCUAUUUGUCAUUUGGCAAGGUACUGUGUUGUAUUUUCACCUUUUUUUAAUUCAUAAAGUCUCUCCUUUAAGCUACACUCUUGUCUCAGACCUUUGUUAUACAGAUUACUUUGAUUUUUGUUAUGAAUAAUUGCUUUUUAUAA